AUGUCAUUGGGUACCGUUAUUCAGUCUACAAAGGGCCUCACAAUUUCCGACGGCAUCCGUUUGCUCAUUGAACUGCUAUCUGCGCCACAAUCGUUGUUUAUGAUCACUGUCAAUCUUGUCUGGAGAUCGCCGUGGUCGGUCGUGAAGGCCCUAUUUCUUAUUAAUCGAUAUUAUACGUUUCUGGGGGCCGUUGUCAUAGGAUAUGGCGGUCGUUACCUUGACUUCGGUCCUAAUCUCUCUGCUAAAAUGUAA